AAAUAGUCACAACCAAUGAGGCUGCCAAGAUUAAAAGUCCACUCACUGGAUGUGUAUUUUGAAUUAUGCGGUUGCGUUUUGAGGAGGGACGGUCUGAGUGCUGCCGAGACCCGUAGUCAGACAGUCAGUGGAACAAUGUCGGAGGAGGGCUCGGAAAGUUCUUCACAGGCAGUGACCAUGGCUGAUGUACAGCAGCUGGUGAAAAAGAAAGAUGCCAUUGAGGCUCAGAUCAAAGCUUACUAUGAUAUUUUGGAGGGGCAAAAUAAAGCUGGAAUGGAUGAGCCUUUAGUUGAUGUUGAAGGAUAUCCUCGAAACGAUAUUGAUGUUUAUGAAGUUCGAACAGCUCGACAUAAUAUAAUUUGCCUACAAAAUGACCAUAAAGCCUUAAUGAAACAAAUUGAGGAAGCACUCCAUCACCUACAUGCACGUGACCGGGAGAAGCAUAGACUGGAUGAGGCAGAGGUGCAUCCUGAAGUAAUGGAACAGGAGAAUAGUUUACCAGCUGCUUUUGCCAAAGUAGACACUGUUAGUCCAGGUUCACCUGCCCAUAUUUCGGGUUUGCAAGUUGGUGAUGAAAUUAUAGAAUUUGGUUCAGUAAAUACUGAAAACUUUCAAAACUUGCAAAAUAUUGCCACAGUGGUGCAGCACAGUGAAGGGAAUCCUUUAAACAUAACAGUUAUUCGAAAUGGACAAACUGUACAUAUGAGUCUCACACCUCAGCGAUGGAGUGGAAGAGGAUUAUUAGGGUGUAAUAUUAUUCCUUUGCAGCACUAAAGGUUGUUGAUUCAGCAUGAGAAAACCUUCACAUACUGCAAAAUGCUCACACCACAGCAACGUGAAAUUGGAGCAAAUCUGGACAUUGGAACAUUACAGCUCCCUAUUUCAAGCAAAGUUAUUUAAAGCAAAGUAUUUAUUUAGUUUGAUUAGUUUCUAUGGAAAGAUUUUUUUUCUCCAUUUCGUUUUCAGAUUAAAUUUAAAUCCUUUCAUAAUUUACCAUCAUGUCAUUCAUCAACUGAGACUGUCACAGCCUUUGUUGCUAUGAUAUGCGACCGAUAUAUCAAUGGGUGAAAGGUUGAAUUGAUUUUGCUUGCUCUUUAUUUCUAAGCUCAGUUGUAUUGAUUUCAAAUUAAGGAUAUUAUGGAAAACAUUUGCUGAUUUGUAGGGAUUGUUGGUAUAAUACCUGCUUUGGGAAUAGGUCAAAUGCAUAGUUGAGUAUACAAGGGUCUUCAAUAUGCAUAACAAAUUGCAGAUGCUGUGUCUAAGAAAAAUAGAAAUAUGUAGUUAGUGAGCUUUCUUGUGUUAACAUCACGAAUGUCUGAAGUGACUUUUUUUAUACAGGUUCAAUUAUUUUUCUGAAUCUUUACAAUUUCAAAAUGCUGAAUAUUGAUUUGUAUUUUAUUGAAAUAUACAAGCAGUUCAUGAAUAAAAUAAAUUUAUUUUGUGACAAGUAUGCUGGUAUUUACUAUAAAAGUUUUGUUUGAAGUAAUAUGAGAUUCAUGUGUUUGAUAGAAUUAAAGGUAAUGUCACUGUGGUUACAUGUUGGUUUUUUGUUUUUUCCUAGGAAAAAAUAUUGUUUGCAUGUUUAUGUAAAAACUGUACUGGGAAUGGGAUGGACUUUUGUAUUGUGCUAUUUGGACCAGAUUCUAAUCCAGGAAAAACCUAUACAGGUCAUUCUGCUGUAACACAUGUUUUGUAAAUGCAAAUUCACUAUAACACAAUCCACAUACUGUGGGCACU